AUGGCGGAGCGGCCGCGCUUCCUCUGUGGUGUGGUGGAAGGUUUCUAUGGGAGACCAUGGUCAAUGGAUCAGAGGAAACUUCUCUUUCAAUGGCUGCAACGCCGGGGGCUGAACUGCUACAUGUACGCGCCCAAGGAUGAGCUGAAACACCGACUGCUCUGGAGAGAGCCCUACACAGAGCAUGAGGCAGCCCGCAUGCGGUCUCUCAUCGAAGCUGCCCAAGAGCAGGGUGUGGAGUUUAUUUUUGCCAUUUCUGCUGGCCAGGACAUGGUGUUUUCCAGUGCUGGGGAUCGCCUCCUGCUGCAGCAAAAACUCAGGCAGGUGGCUGCCAUGGGGUGCCGCUCCUUUGCGCUGCUCUUUGAUGACAUCGACCCCUGCAUGUGCCAAGCUGACAGAGAUGUCUUCCCCUCCCUGGCACAGGCUCAGGCCUCUGUGGCCAACGAGGUGUACCAGGAGCUGGGCCAACCCUCCAUCUUCCUCUUCUGCCCUACAGAAUAUUGCAGCUCACUCUGCUCUCCCAGCCCCAGCCAAUCCUGCUACCUCCAGACCAUUGGCCAGGAGCUGCUCCCAGGGAUCGGUGUCAUCUGGACAGGCCCCAAGGUGGUGUCACAGGAGCUCUCAGCAGUGCUGCUGGAGGAGGUGGAGGCUGUCCUGAGGCGCCACCCUGUCAUCUGGGACAACCUCUACGCCAAUGACUAUGACUGCAGACGUGUCUUCCUGGGCCCCUACAUGGGGCGUGCUCCUGGCCUCAUGUCCAGGCUCCACGGGCUGCUCCUCAACCCCAACUGUGAGCUCCAGGCCAACUUCAUCCCCAUACACACACUGGGCACUUGGUUUCGUAGCGAGCUGGGGAGCUGUGCCCACCCUGACCAUGCAGGAAUGGAGGUGGUGGCAGCCCUGGGGGACAGCCAAGGUGCUCAGGAUGGAAGCUACAGCCCCCAGGAAGCCUUGGAACUGGCGCUGUGUGACUGGGUGGCCGAGAUAAACCAGCAGGCCUUGGAGCCAGGAGGAAGAGCCCCAGGACACCCCAGUAUCAGCAUCAAGGGAGGACCAAGGCUGCAGGCUGGCACAGAGGGAGGACAGGAGGUCACUCUGGACCCUCAGUCCCACUACUCUGCUCCUGGUGGGGCAGAUCAGCACAGCCCUGAGCCCUGCAGAGUGGCACCAGAGGAGGAGUGCAGGGAGGUGACCUCGGAGCCUGACAAGAACAGUGGGAACAGGACACCUGCUGGCCAUCAGCAGAGCCCUACAAGGGCUGAGGACCAGCUCACCACAGGGAGCAGGGAGAGCUGUGAGCCCUCCUCUGCUCCGCCCAGUGAGGCUGGGAGUGCCCAGUCUGUAGGAAUCCCAGUGGCCACCAAGACCCUCCCCAGCCCAAGCCCCACCAUGAGCUCCAGCAACGGGGCCAACACCAGUCCGAACAUUUCCCUGCCCACCAGUGAUGCCAGGACAGGGGAUGGCAGCCCCAGCCAGUCUCCCAGCAGCACCCAGUCUGAGGUCAUCAGGACUGAUGUGCCCCGGACACCCCCAGGAUCUGGGGCUGGUGCCAGCCCUGGUGCCCCAGCCCCACUGACUGAUGAGGUUGGUGCUAGCCCUGGUCCCAUGGCACCAGUGACCCCAGAGGAGCCCAAGACCAGUCCCAUAGCACCAGUGACCCCAGACGAGGCUGGUUCUGGCGCCAUGACCCCCAAGGAGGCCAGGACCAGCCCCACAUUACAGGUGACCCCAGAGGAGCCCAGGACCAGCCCCAUGGCACCAGUGACCCCAGAGGAGGCUGAUUCUGGAUCCAUCACUCCCAAGGAGACCAGGACCAGCCCCACACUACAGGUGACCCCAGAGAAGGCCAGGAGCAGCCUCAUGCUUCCAGUGACCUCAGAAGGGGCUGAGUCUGGCCCUAUGGCACUGAUAACCCCAAAGGAAGCCAGAUCCAACCCCACAGCACCACUGACCCCAGAGGAAGCCGUGUCCAGCCCUACAGCACCACUCACCCUGGAGGAGGUGCGGAUGCUGGUGGAGCUCUUCUACCUGCCCUACCACCACGGAGCUUUGGCACAGGAGCUCCUGGAGCAUUUUCGGUGGCUGCGGGCAAACAGCCUCAGCGUGGGGGUCCCUCCCACCACGCCUGAUGCCUGCGGGGGCACGCGGUGGCGAGGCCGGGCUCAGUCCUUCCAGCUGCUCUGUGCGAGGACGUGCCGCCUGCACAGCCGCUUCGUCAGCACCGCCGGCCGGGCAUUGCUCUACGACCUGCAUCCCUACCUCUGGGACAUCCGCAACAUGCUGCUGGCCGCCUGUGCCUUCGUCCUCUGGCUGGAUGGUCACCUCCUCUGCGACCCUGACCCCAAGGGCACCUGGGGAAACUGCUUUGGCUGGUGCCAGAGCAUCACUGCCCCGAUCCUGCUGGGGAGGGAUGCCGAGCCCUGGGCACGUCGUGGGGGCCUCUUUGGAGAGCUGCAGGCAUUGCUGCCCAUUGGGAACAGCUGUGACCUCUUCUACCAUCCACCCCCACUCUUCCCAUCCAGCCAGCUGUACCUGCUGCGCCCACUGCUGCCCCUGGACAAGGGAGAGCUUUACCGCAUGUGCCGGGAGAGUUUGGACUGUGAUCCCAAAGUGGCAGAGAUCCUCGUGGCCCACCCAGAUCUCCUCGGUGACAGGCUCCUGGGCAGCUUCCUCAGCCUGAGCCCCGAGUACACCUUUGUGCUGGAGGAUGAGGGUGGCCCGUGCGGCUACGCAGCCGGAGCGCUCCACGCCGAAGGUUUCCUGCAGCAGCGAGACAGCAGCUGGCUGCCAGCCAUACGGCACAAAUACCCCCCAGACCUGGGCACAGGGGGCUCAGCUCUGGGACAGGAUGCCCUGGAGGAAGCAGUGCUCUUCUUCCACGCAGAGCCACUGGCAGUGCCCCAGCCUGUGCUGAGGCGCUUCCCCUCCCUGGUACAGCUGGGCACGGCCCCCCGUGUGCUGGAUGUGGGGGCCAGUCGCAGCCUGGCCCUCUGCCUGCUGAGUGCACUCAGGGCCAACGGCUCACGGGGAGUGUUCUGCCAGGUCAGUGACGCCGACCGACAGCAGCUAAGCUUCUACAGCAAGCUGGGCUUUGUCGCCCUGCCGGUGGCCUGGGGCAGCUCUCCUGGUGCUCAGCUCCUGGGACGUCUCCUCUGA